CUGGAUUUCCCCAAGUCAAAUUGAAGAACUCUCUGUCAAGGAAUAAGUUUCGUGAGGAAAUCCAAACCGUUCUUUCUGGACUGCAGAGGUAUCCUGAAGCUGGUUCUUCCCCUGCAGAUUGCCAAGAGAGAAAGAAAAUACACCGUCAUUGGCUACUGUACUUAGAAUGGUUCCUAAACCCAAGCAAGAAAACCACGGUGAUGUUGGCAAGCAAACAAUUGAAACGUACAGGUGCUGGCAGUAUGCACAGCCCUAAAAUCAACAUGACUUGGGAGGAGAGGGGGUUGGAGAACAAAGAAAGUUAAAUCAUACCUUGAUGAAGAUAGUGUAUGAAUGUCAUGCUGUACAAAAUGUGUUUUAAAAUAUACACUGAGAUUGUUCACUUUGACUUAGCAUAUAUCAAUAAAGCAGCAUGUCUUAUGUAGCAGAGAGUGUGCUAGGCACUGGGAAGACCAAGAUGGAGAAGACAGUUGCUUUUUUGUGCCUCAGUUUCCCCAGUUUGUCAAGCUUAGAUCACAGCAAGAAUUCUGGUCAUGACCAGCCUCCUAUACCAUGGAAAAUGAUUUGAUAUUUUAUUCUUCAGAUCAAAGUGUCAUCUACAUCUUUGACAUGCAUUCAAAUCAGCUGGGAACUCUGUUAAAAUUUAGAUUCUGAUUGAGUAGGACUAAGGCCAGGCCACAGAAUCUCCAUUUUUAACCAACUCCCCAGUGGUAGUCUAUGGAUUUACUUUGAGUAAGAAACAUCUACAUAUUACUUGUAUCACUCACGUGUAUGAUGCUUAUGAACUGUGCACAUUCCUGCGCCCCCCUCUCAACUUUUUGAGUCAAAAAUCUGCAUUUUAACAUGUUCCCCAGUUGAUUUUUAUGCACAAUAAAGUUUGAGAGCCAUCAGUUAGUUGAACAGUUAAGAAGCCCAGCCCUCCUCAUGAAAGAGCUGCCUUACCUUGCUCCAGAUUCACUGAUCACAUGAAGAAUUUCUCUGAAUCUCUUAAACUUAGAAGUUUAUGUUUUCUACAUUUUCCAGGAAAGAUUCAGACUCCAGGAGCAUGUAAAAGCCUGCUUUGUGCCCACCCGCACACCGUCCUGAGGUCUCCAGUUUCAAGUGCAGCUUCUUUGGAAGAAGAGAGCCAUGCAGAAGCCAGUUCCUCCCAGACACCAUCCGGUAAAUGUGAUGAGGCCCUACUGAUCUUCACCAUCAGACGAGAAAUUAAGAGAGCCAGAGCAGCACCUAAAGAGGCCUGGAAGAGUCCAGUUUUGGCAAAGAACAUGACAAAAAAGCCUAUUAGAUCCCACUCAGUCACUCCUUUGGACCUGGAGGCUGCAGGCACGCACAUCAGUAGGCAUGCAAGACUUCAGAACCGGCCCUCCUACAAUUCCAGGGGAGAUUCUGCCCCACUGGGUCCCGCUGCGAGGCCUUCCACCGCCAUCGGCCUCUGCAGGAAAAGCCAGACCCCCUCGGCUUCGUCGGGUGUUUCCCGGAGUUCCUCGGAGCUGGAGAUGGAGGACAGGAAGGCAGCCCCAGUAGGAGUUCAGGCGGACCCCCGUCGCCAAAGCCGGCCCCGGGGCGCGCCCCUAAGUCCGGCUGGAGGAGGCGCAGUUGCCAUGGCACCAGAGAUGCUCCCCAAGCAUCCUCAUCCCCCGGAGAAAAGGGGGCCCAGGGCGGACGCCUCUCUUCACGGCAAUCUGGCAGGAGCUCCCCUUCCUCUGCGGGCCGGUGCUCCCACCCAUCUCCCCUCAAAGAAGUUAAUCAAGGUUCGCUCUUCUCCCUCUGCCCGCCCACCCCAGCGUUUCCAUACGGUUUGUUCACAGACCCCUCCUAGGCCGGGGGUGGGGGUGGGGGGGCGGUGAAUGCUCACUUACAUUGACCGCUGCGAGGGAAUUGUCCGCGGAUGCUGCCCAUCUUCAAAUCAAUGCCUGCCCAGAACAACAGAAAAGGCCUCAGAUGUACUGGUUUCCACAGAACCAUUGUUAGGCUUUUGUGAAGCAGUUUUGAACCUAAUAAAUAAUGUCAAAAGUCUCUAUCG